AUGAAGCUUGGCUAUCUACAACUUGGCUUGACUAUCGCAUUGAAGACAUUGCAUGUGUUAGGAAGUGAUGAUGCGUCAGAAGUAGCUCAGGACAGCGCAGCUGAAGUAGAUGUACCUCAACGUGCGAACUACGAAAUAGUCUACGAGACACUUGAGAAAGGGCCCGGUGGAACAGCCUCAUUCUUGGAAUUCGAUGAUGGUGAUAAUGUUACUUUGCGUUACUCAUUUUCAAACAGAGAAAGUGGUAAUGUCUCCAUUGUCGCAGUUGGCGGUGCCAUUUACGAUAUUACUACUAAUGAAAUUGCUGCCAACGUAAGUGCUGCUGCCCUUGGACCAAUUCCAAUCGCGGUUAAUGAAACCACCGAAUUUCAGCAGAUCAUUAAUCUCAUUCUAAAAGAGGGCGACUAUGCCCUCUCCCCAGAAAUUUACGUAGAAAAGGAUCAAGAGACUAUGAGAGUAGUGGCAAAUCCUAGUCUCUUGAGAAUUUUACCGCCAACAAUGUCGUUCUUCAACCCCCAGUUUAUGUUCAUUCAACUCAUUUUGGCAACACUUAUCGCAGGAUUUUCCUAUUUUACUUUUGUUAAACCUCGAGAUGGCAGUAAUGCUCGUAUUAACAGCAAGAAGGGUAAAGAAUUAGCGGCCGCUAGAAUUAAAAAAUUUGAUUCGUCGUGGCUCCCAGAAAAUCACCAAUCAAAGCAUUCCAAUUGA